AUGUCCGGACAAGAUAGCUCCCGAGGUGAAGCAGGAGAUAAAAGAUUAACUGAGAGUAGUAAUUCACCUGCUCUGAGAGAUCAAUCUUCUAAGAGAAAUGGGGUUUCAUUGAGCAUGGUACCACCCAAGAAAGGUAGAGAUUCGGGUUUUCGAUCUCAAGCACCUUCAGAAUCGAUGGCAUCCUCCGUUAAGGAAUCAAAUCAAAUGAGAAUUAAACAAACUCAGUCUGGAAGGUAUGGCGAUAAGCGGGCACAUCAGAGUCAAAUUAUACAAUGUCAGAUUUGUGGAAGAAGCCAUAAUGGAUUGUGUAGAGUGAUCAUCGGAGCUUGUUUCCGAUGUGGAGAAACAGGGCAUUAUAUGAAGGAUUGUCCGUUGAGGGCUGGAGAGCCUGUACAGUCAGAGCGAUCUUCUUCGAUGUCUCAUAGAGGACGCGGUAGAGUUCAUAAAGUAAAGAAAAUGAAAGGCCCUUUGCCAUCAACAGUCUUCAUCGCUCUACUUUUUUCUGUAGCUGUUGCAAACUUCAAUACUGAUUGCGUUUACACACUAUACGUAAAGACGGGUUGGAUGAUCAAAGCAGGAACUGACUCGAAGAUCAGUGUAGUUCUAGGCGAUUCAUUCGGUCGAUCGGUUUUGAUUUCGGAUCUGCGAUCAUGGGGUUUAAUGUCGCCCGCCCACGACUACUAUGAGCGUGGCAACCUCGACGUGUUCAGUGUGCGAGGCGGCUGCAUUGGUCCUCCUUGCAGCCUCAACUUGACCUCGGACGGUUUAGGGUGGCACCAUAGCUGGUACUGUGACUACGUUGAGGUCACGUCCACGGGACCUCAAACUGCUUGCACCCAAACUGUCUUCUUUAUUGAUCAGUGGCUAGCUGCUAAUGUCCCGCCUUUUCAGUUAACGGCUUAUCGUGAUGGGUGCUAUAGGCAGGGUGCGCAUCUCAAGCACGGAAGACAAGGGCCUCUCGUUGUGGGAAAUCCAAUAGUUAAUUGUUGAGAGAGCUUUUUGGGUUCAAAAUGGUUGCUAAUAAUAUGACAGCGAAAUUUCAAUGUGUUUGGAUCUCUAAUAGUUUCUUUUUUUUAGUAUUUAUAUUAUUUUUCUUUAAAUAAAAUUUUAGAAGAUAAAU